AUGAGUCUUGAAACACCUGUUUCAAAGAAGCCGGAUUACAAGUACAAAAUUGGGAAAGUCAAGCAGACACCCACAGUUGUUAAAGAUGAAGUGACCGGAUUAGACUACAUCGAGCUCAAAAUGAGGCAAAACGAGAGGGUCUACGGCUGCACUGUCUUUCAAAAUCGGUACAAAGAGGAUAAAAAGCUAGGACAAGGUACUUUUGGUGAGGUGUACCGCGGUGUGCACUUGGAAACGCAACGUCAGGUAGCGAUGAAGAGGACCAUUGUAAAAGCCGAAAAAGACCUGUUUCCCAUAACAGCCCAGCGUGAGAUCACCAUUUUGAGAAAACUAAAUCACAAGAAUGUGAUCAAGCUUAUAGAAAUGGUUUAUGACUAUCCACCAACAGAUUCCACAAACGGAUCCAGCUCCCCAGCUGUUUCGACCACAAGUGGUCAGUUCAAAUCUUUUUACAUGAUAUUGCCAUAUAUGGUCGCUGACAUGUCUGGUAUACUGCAUAAUCCUCGAAUAAAGCUUGAGAUGAGCGCCAUCAAAAACAUCCUUCUGCAAGUCUUCGAAGGUGUCAACUAUAUCCACUGUCAAAAGUACAUGCAUCGAGAUAUCAAGACAGCCAAUUUGCUGAUAGACCACAAAGGUGUGCUGAAAAUUGCCGAUUUUGGUUUGGCGAGAAACUACUACGGAGCCCCUCCGAAUCUUAAAUUUCCUGGCGGAGCUGGCGUGGACGCCAAAUACACGUCUGUUGUGGUGACGAGAUGGUACCGUGCCCCAGAGCUAGUACUGGGAGACAAGUAUUACACUACAGCGGUUGACAUGUGGGGAGUCGGAUGCGUGUUUGGAGAGUUUUUCGAGAAAAAACCCAUCCUACAAGGCCAAACAGAUGUGGAUCAAGGACACGUUAUUUUUAAGCUGCUGGGAACUCCAAAUCAGGAGCAAUGGUCUUUGGCUCAUUAUCUUCCAGGUGCCGAGCUCACACGAACAAAUUACACAUCGACUUUACGAGAACGAUUUGGGCCACAUUUAAAUGAUUCGGGACUCGACCUUUUAGGCCAGUUACUUUGUUUGGAUCCAUACAAAAGGCUCACAGCUAUGGCUGCUAAAAACCAUCCUUUUUUCAAAGAAGAGCCUCUGCCCGAUAAAGUUUUGACAUUGCCCUGUGAAGAGUGUCACGAGGCCGACAUCAAGCGCUACAAACAAGAACAAAACAGGUCUUUGAGUCAGCAACCACCACCAGCACCACAGGGGCAUGUCGUUGAAAAAGCUGCUCCACCCACGCCGCAACUUCCAAAGGCACCAAGAGGUCAAAAAAAUGGCCAACGAGGGCCACCCGCCAGUAAACGUGGCGGACACAGACAAGGCAAUCCAACGGGAGGCUCGAACUCUAGAUAUUCCGGAAGCUAUGGCCAGACAGAAGCACCCAGAGGAGGUCGCAACAAUCGGGCUCCAUAUUCCCAAAUCGUUGCGCCUGAAGCUGGUCCGCCCAAUAAGAUUGAUAACCGUUUCAACAGCAAUGGGGCAAGAGCCCGGUUCCAACCAAAUGAGCAACGGGGCCCAUCAGGUGCCUUAGAGCAACAGAGGACGAGGUCGAACACUUCACAACUUCCGGGAGGUCCAAAAGGCGAUAUUUACAAUGCAAAAUCAAGAUACGGCCACAACAACAGUGCACCACGAGACGACCGCGACGACAGAAUGCACGCUGAAUUUCCGAUACAAGCACUCAACGGAGACAACAAUCCUAACGCCACACCCCUGGGUCGCUCCGACAAACCUAAACCAUUUUCAAAGCAUCACGAUUCUCAACCCGAUUCUAGAAACCGCGAUGCUCGCUCAAGACACAUUAAUGAAAACCAACAACAUGAUCCAGCACACACACGGCAAGAUCGACGUAGCUACAAGUCGGCUCGAGAGGAUAUUGCAGAUCUUUAUUGA